AUGUCCCCGUCAACAUUACUCUCUCUCGGUUCCGCGAUUCUAGCCGUGUUCCUCUUCUGGACACUCUCCUCCACCACGUCUUCACCAUUCGGCGGUGCAUUCCCUCGUCUAUACAACAAGCGAAUAUGUCUCCUGAUCGCCCACCCGGAUGAUGAGGCCAUGUUCUUCGCGCCCACGGUCCUGGCCCUGACCAGACCGGAGUACGGCAACCACCUCAAGAUCCUCUGUCUCAGCAGUGGAGACGCCGACGGCCUGGGCCACAUCCGCAAAAAGGAGCUCGUGAAAAGCGCCCUGCAACUAGGCCUACGCCAAGAAUCCGACGUAUACAUCAUCGACGACCCCACCCGAUUCCGCGACAGCAUGUCCGUCCAAUGGACCGAGUCCGACGUAUCAGCUGUUCUCGAACACGCCUUCGCCCCCGAACUCAGCGACAGCACCUCUUCUUCCAAGAAGAAGUCGAACAAAGCCGACUCUGCACCUACGGCCACCAUCGACGUGCUCUUGACGUUUGACAAGGGAGGUAUCAGCAACCACCCUAAUCACCGGUCUCUGUACUACGGCGCUGUUCAUUUCCUGCGGUCCCUGAUGAAGGAUAAAUCGGGGUAUACCUGUCCCGUCACUCUGUAUACGCUUACCACGACGAAUCUGCUGCGCAAGUACGCCGGUGUUUUGGAUGCGCCGUUUACGAUGGUUCGGGGCGCGCUGCAUUCGGUUCUGGGCCGUGGUGGUGCUGGAUCUAAGGGCCAGCUUCCUUCGCGGCUUCUGUUCGUCAGUUCUGUUAAUGAGUGGAUGACUGCGCAGUCGGCUAUGGUGAAGGCCCAUCAGAGCCAGAUGGUGUGGUUCCGCUGGGGUUGGAUUACGAUUGGUCGGUACAUGGUGGUGAAUGAUCUGAAGGCGGAGAAGAUAUGA